AUGCUUGCGCCGCAAAACAAGCUCCAGUUCUUUUCAGGGAAAGAUUGGGACGACGAGUGGCGUGAUCGAUAUCGCCAGAGCUUCGUAAAUUAUUUCGAGCCUUAUAAGCAGUAUCUAUUACAAAACCAGACAUUAUCAGAGGCUUAUAUAUCCAUGACGCAGACUUUAGAGUUUGAUCUUGAGCGGAUGCUCAAAGAGUCUAAAUCUCAGCAAGCAAACCUAGCCGAGCGGGACGAGCUUACGAGAUAUCUUGACUCUAAUCAGUUUACAACACAAUUCGAGGUUAAAGAUGAAAAUCUUGCUCUCAAGAAGGAUUACCUUACAAGCGGAGAAAUCGAGACAGAGAAGAAAGAGAAAAAUCCUCAGUUACUACAGGAUAUUGAUCCUAUUAGUGACGACGAAGAGGAGGACACAGAGACUACGCAAGAACAGGAUAUUACUCAGGGCCCUUCUCAUGAAGCUUCAUUAUCCGACGAUGAAGCUACAAAUCCCCUCCCAGAGACUCAACAGCGGAUUUCAGGUAGAAAUCGGAAGCGAAGACGGGAUGAUGAUCAGUUUAUUGAGUAUUAG